AUGGCAGCCGCAGCACUGAGGGCGCAGCUGAACGCCCAUAUCGCCGGCAUGUACACCAAUGGUGUGGUGGACGAGGAUACAUUCGAGGAGCUGCGGGACGAGGGCACCGCCGCCGAGGUCUCCCGCCUCUUCAUCUACGACGCCUCCGAGAUCAUCGACGACAUCGACCUCCUGAUGGAGGAGCCUGAAGUGGACUUUGACGAGGUGGAAGCCCUGACGCAGCAGCUCAUGCGGUGCACCUCCAGUGUUGGUGCACAGCAAGUGAACCUCGCCUGCAUGCACUUCGGCAAUUUCUAUGCCAUACAAUACAAACAAGGGUGUCUCGUGUCAUUGGCUCUUGUUAGGAAUGAGUUCUAUAUUGUGCGACAUGAGUUGGAGAUCGUGAUGCAGCUCGAAGAGCAGAUCGCGGCAUGUGGUCCUGACUCCUAA